AUGGACACGAUGGUCAACAAAGAGACGCCUCCUACUCACGUCGAAUUCGUUCAUGCAAUUGUCGACGAUCAGAAGACUGUGCAACCUUUGACGGACAGCAGCGGUGGUACCAGUCCAAACAUGGCCGCAAACGAAUCGCUCUACCAGGGCGUGUCCAAUGGCUCAUUGAACGGCUCUGGCUUCGUCGAUUCGCCUCCAGUACCUGCUUUUCGUUCACCUUGUUCCUCUGCCAAGUGA